CCCAGUUUACCUUUUCCUCCCCCCGGACAUCACCAACCCACCAUUACCACGCCGUCUCCGUCUCCGUCUUCCAUAACUCAAAACCCUCCUCUCAUACGCCCCCCGCCCUUCGAGGCCUUUAUUCUACCUUUUUCUUUUUUAUUCAUUUUCUCUUCCCGCACUUCUCUUUGUACUCACACGUUUUUUAUCUCAUGCAACCUGCCACGAUACCGUCUCAGGCCUUGCGCCGUUGAUCGACAUUUCCGAGACCAGCAAACAUGUUUGGGGGUUCGAGGCGCCAUCGGCAGCCCAAUCAGCCGCUGACUGCCGCAACCGCGAACCCAAAUGCCGCCACUGCCGCUGCCUCAGCAUUCGCGCGACGCGCAUCCAGCUCUUCCCUCUCUUCCGCCGCCGCCGCUGCAGCAUUGCGAUCGCGACCCACGACACCCAUCAAUGUGGCUGAAGUACAAACGAAGCGCACACAGAGACGCAGCGCUUCGGUGUCGUCGCACGGGAGCCAGGAUACUAGAAGAGGCAUGCAUAGAUCGCCUAGCCAGAGCUCCAUGACAGAACGGACGUUCCGCUCGCCGUCGCCACACCGGACCCCGAUGACCGCCGAGGAUGCGCCGCCCGUUCCGACCAUCCCGGACGACAUGCGAUCCAUCACAAACCAGAGCUCCUCCCACAAGAGGGCAACGAGCCUGCAGAUGCAACCGUUCCGUGUUGCAAGUCAGAAGAAACAGGAGGGUGCAGGAUCCUGGUUCGGGGCCGCAGCUGAGGGUAAUAUGGCCAACGUCAGGACGUCAGAUGCCCUAAUGCGUGUGGCCUCUCCAGAGUCUCGCCCGGGAGCUCGACUUGCCUCGCCCCGCCGACCGGAGUCGGUGAAUUCGCGAACGACGACAACCUCAGACCAAUCCCUUGUCUAUGAUCCAAAUUCCAGAAGAAUGGUUCCCAAGGUAGAUUUGCUGGCCAGGGAGCAGAGUGUCCGAGAAGCCGCCGAGAGACCUGUCCAGAAGAAGAAGAAACAGCAGCAGCAGCAACAGCAAGGCCUGGCAAGGAGCGGCUCUCAUCUGGCCAAGGGUACAGUGGGUAGAGUUCAGGGCUCUGCGGUUGUGAAUGAAGAGUCUGCGCCUUUGCCGGCAUCACGGCAACAACAACCACAGGUUCGAGCUCUUACUGGAGCACCUGUACAAAAGACUCUGCAGAAUCAGCCCCAGACCAAGGAAAGUACGCUACAGAUUUCGGCACCCCGAGAGGCACCCGAGCCUGCGCCGGCACCUGUGCAGGCUUCAGCUCGUGCUCCCGUUGUACCUGACCGGUCUUCUACGACGGUUUAUGUGAGACCAGCUCAUCAACAUUCUGCUAGCAGCCCUGAGGUCGAGCAGCCGGUCGUCCAGGAUGUGCGGAAAAGCGAUGGAGCUACGAUUCUGCCACCUUCGGAGCCCCGCCAAGGUGCCCCUGUUCUGGGAAGGAAACCAUCCACAGUACAAGAGGAGUCCGAGGAUGAAUUGGCGAGCUCAGAAGACGAUGCUGAAUUCAGUCAGGAGCCGCCUUCGCACCGUGAAGUUGCUGAUAUUCUCAGAGCAGUGCCCAUGAGGUCAUCAGCACCUCCCAAGCAGCCAUCAUUAUCGUCCGAGAGCACGGCUGUUGAGUCUCCAGUAAAUGUGUCAUCUCAAAGGCAAUCAAGCCCAUCGCAACAAAAGCAGCAAGGCAGCGUCAGAAAUGCACGUGCGCAAUCGGCUAGUCCUGCACGAUCAGCACGCUUUGCCUUAGGCCCAGAUCAACUGGUGAUCAGGCAUGAGCCGCCUCCAAGAUCAGUCUCGCCCCGAAAAUCAGCCAUGAAACAUUCGGCCAGCCCAUCUCGUGGUGCCUCGCCUUCGGAUGAGAGCUCUGAAGCCUCGGGGCCCAGUCGUUUUGGUAGCGAGGUUACCGCAGCGGAGGCCCCAAUGCCACGUAAAAAGAGUGUCCGGGUCAGUUUUGAUGACGAGAACACCAAAGUUGUGGGACAAUCCACCGCGAAACCGGAGAUCGAUUCACCAGCUCCUCCCAGUCCCCAGCAGACCAAACGACAUUGGUACAAUCAUCUGGGUAGAAAUAGGAAGAAGGACGCCGUUGCUCUAGAUGACGACGAAAUUAUGAAGCCCCGACCGGCUCUGCCUUCGUUUGGCAGCGUUCGCGAGAAGAAACCAAGAGAUGCCGAGGAGGAACGACCUCUUGUUCGACCUCUCGAGUCUCCUCCCCCAUCUGACCCCAAUACCCCUGAACGCAACCAAGAACGGGCAGUACCGAACGGCCAAUCCAGUGACUAUAAUAUUGGUACAAUUCUCAGUCAGGAGCAGACGGCCAGAAACGCCGCCAACAUAUCGAGAUUCAGAGAGCCAUUGCCGCCUGUAGUUACAUCCUUGGAGGGCAGCGGGUACUAUUCUCCCACUGGCACAGAUACGGAUGAAGAGGGAGACGAGGUUUUCCAAGAUCCAGAGACUGUACAGGAGCCGGAAUGUACCCUGCCCUCUGAGCAAGUCAAAGAGGAGAUUAUCGCCGCCCAUCCCAAACUGGCCGAUGACGCCCUCCUUCCACCGAUGCAGGUUGCACCGACCCUGGACAAAAGUAUCGACCGCGGUUAUAGGGAAGAAGAUGUUCCUUCGAUAUCCGUCAUACAACCAACUCCCACGCCUAGGGAAACGGCGGGUAAUGGCUCGGCCGACUUGUCAGAGCAAGGCUACUUCGAUGUCCCUGGAGGCUUUCCAGAAGACGAGAGCGAGGAUAGCGUCUCUUAUCCUCGUACCCAACCUGAAUUGGUCGCUGUGAUGAAGGAUCGUCACCAGGAGCAAACGACAGUAUUUAAUGGGGCAGCAACACCUCCUGCCGAACUCGCUCCUCAACCAGUUCCCGCGGAAGAGACCGAAUCAGAGGGAACAAGUAUCUACAGCGACGCCUAUGAGGACCUUUCAGACGUCGAUGGGGACGGAUUCAUGUCUCUUGACGCCGUUGUCGCAUCCCCCGUUCCUAACAAGGUGUCUCACAAGCUCUACCAGAAGGCCAUGGCAAACUCAUCUCAGCAGACGCCUGUAGACUCUCUUGCCAACAACAUUCCUGAGGAUAUGCCUGACUUUUCUCAGCUCUCGGGCAGCUCGCAGCAGCCUGAAGAUGAGUGGGAGAGGGCCAAAGUUUACUGGAGGGGAUUGACAAGCGACAAGCGGAAGCAACUGGAACAGGAAGCGCUAGAGGAGGCCGGGGCUGAAGGGGACCUUGAAGAGGUUGUCCAGCCUGUGAAGGCCAAGAGAAAGAAGUCCGUUCGAAAAAGCGACUCAGCUACCCAGCAGCAAGCGUCCGUCAACCCGGAGCGGGUCUAUCAGAUCCAACCCGGAACGGUAGUCAUCGACGAGGGAGAUGAAGAAGAAACCCCCACAACCAUGUUGAAGACUCUCCGAGGCCGACAGAGCCAAGAAACUGGGCCUGCAAAUGGAAGGCUUCAGAAAACAAUGCGUGGUGGACAAACACCGAUAUCAGCAGCGCCUGGAACAGGCUUGCGUAAGACUUUGCGAUCAGACACCCCGAGCGCUCGGAGCUCUCAGCCGCCAGCGCCUCCUGUCAUGGGUGGCAUGAGAAAGUCUAUGAGGCAGAGUGGUCCAUCCCAAGGAGGGCUCGCAUCUGCAGCUGGUAGCCGUCCAGUCUCUCUCCAGGGCCCUCCGUCAAGCCAAGAUCAAGAUACUCGGCCCAAACACCUUUCCAUAGAUAACCCAAUGUCUAGCGUCGAGAUGGCGAGGGCGAUGCAAGCGACUCUCCGUCGCCGUGCAUCCGAUUCCAGCGAAAGCAGCUUCCGAAGGGCCCGUCCCAAACAGGAGGGCCUCGGCUUCCGCAAAUCUAUGAGAGCAGCCACAGAGACAGACCCGUCGGCAGCUGGUAGAAAUUCGCGCUUCAGCCUCCGGUCGAUGUCUCCCCCGGCCUCGCCCGUCUCGCCGCCUGUCAGCAUGAGUAACCGAACGACUAUGCGCAGUACAUUGCGCAGCGACUCCAGCGAUGGAAGCACGCGGCGCAUGCGCCUUCCCACUUUUGGAAAAUCUUCAUCAAAGAAGGCGGCCGGUAAGCCCAGCAAGAGCCGGUUUGGGGAUUCCAGCGAUGAGGAAGAUGCUGGACCAUCCGGAUUCCGCAGCCGGUUUGCCGAUUCCAGCGACGAAGAUAAAAAUACAGCUCUUGCAACGGCAUCUCGCGGCAUGCUCCAGAGCACGCGAGCAUCUAGUUCCGCUGCAGCUGCAGCGAUGAAGGGCCCUCCUCCUCACUACGAGGCGAAAGCAGAAGAAUCGCCGGAGCUACCUGACAGCAGUGACGAAGAGGCGGUGCCACCACCACCAGUACAGCAAAAACCUCUCUCCCCGAGGAAGGUCUCGGGUGCUAGUGGUCGUCUUGUGAAGUCUCAGUCGGAUGGACUCGGGUUACAACGCUCUGGUUCUGGUCGCGGUGCACUCGUCGAGACUUCAACAACGCCAUCUGUGGGUACUCAGGUGAUGUCUAGGCCGGGCAGCCAUCAACGCCGUGGCAGCUUCCUCUCAGUCCUCCGACGCAAGAAGGAGAAUGACACAGGCAAGAUUUCGCGGCCUAUCGCCGGCGAAAGUGGCGCCGGAACGGACACCAAACUUGAGCGCAGCCCUUCCGAGAUCUCCGCCCUUCGUGGGACGAAUACGUCGCCGAAGCUGCAGAAGCAGUCGAUGCAUGAUAACUGGCCGCUCUUUGAGGAGACCAUUGACGACGAGAAGCGUCCCAUGACGGCGGACAACAGUAAGCCCACGGAUGCAUCGAGGCCGGUGUUCAUGAAGCGCCGGAGCACCAACCAGGUGCUCACUUCGGGCCUACCCGAGAACCGGGAAGAUAUCGACGGCUCCGGCAAGAAGAAGAAGAAGAAGUUUGGAACGCUCCGGCGGAUGUUCAAGCUGGAUGACUAGGCGUCGAGCAUGCUCUGUUAAGCAUUUUGCCGCGUGCCUUGGUCGCCAUCAUCCUUGUUUCCACCAAGUCUUUUUUCGGUUUAUUUUUUUAUCUUUCUUGCGUCACCCAUCCACUCACUCACACCCACACCUACACUGGCCCGUUGCGUUCCAUCAGUUUCGAUAACCACAUCUAGCCCAUAUGAGCUGACGUUUAUCUUGGGAUGCUCGACAUUAUUCGCAUCAAAUUUUUUCAUUUUUUUUUUCAUUCUUAUACCAAUACCACUAAUAGCGGGAGCGGGCGUUCUUUGGGCUUCCCACGGGGAUCAAUAGGAAGAAACGCUUCCCCUCCACGAACUCACUUUCCUAAUGACGCACACCACGCACGCUUCAGAAGGGCCUUUUUCUCCCUCCACUCUUUCUUUUUUUGCGUUUGUUACAAUACGUGCCUUCUUCACAGAGGCCGAGCCCGGUUAAGGGAAGGCAAAUUACAUGGGGAGUACAGAAGGGAAAAUCUGAAAAGGGAAUGGAUGGAUGGAUGACUUCUCCUUGGGAUACAGCAGAAACCCGUGCUAAAGGCAAGGGACACAAGGGAUGAAAAAUGAAGGACCCUGCGUGGUAAUGGCAAACGUGUACAAUUCUCUUUCACUGUGUUACAAUGAUACCAACCAACAACCGCAGGGUAUUCUCUGUACCCAAAUCGGACAAAAUUCAUCACGGAUACUAUUUUGACGAUUUGUUCCGCCACCCUCUUCUUCGGUAGUGGCUUGGUGUGGAUUCCCCACUUGAUUAUGUUUCCCCAAAGAUUAUCUAGCACCCCUGUUUAGAGAGGCACCUGGUCGGAUUAGUCUUGCUGACUUGUGUAAGUACAUCUCUCUGAAGUGCUA